AUGGACGACAGCGAGACUUACGUGAACGUGAAAUUCACGAAAACGGACUCACAGUGUCCUUCCCGUGGUCCGCAUAUACAGCAGCCGAACGAGAACAUCGGAAAUAGACCGGACCGUAGAAUCUGCCUACUCUGCUUGGUUACGUUCGUCCUCUUCGUGACUGUGGUCGGGCUGUCGAUUCAUGUCUCACAGAUUCGUUAUUCCAAGGAAAACUGCCAAACUGAACUCCGUCUCCAGUUCACUGAGAUGCAAACGAAGUACAGAUCUGUCAACGAAACCAAGGCUCAAAUCUGUGAAUUGUUGACCAGCAGAAGCGAGCAAAAUUGUUCCCAGUCCUGGAUCGGAAAUGAAGGCGGCUGUUAUUUUAUAACCACGUUUAAAUUAUCCUACCAUAAGGCGAGGCAGUAUUGUUCGGACGCUGAUUCUAAACUUCUUGAAAUAAAUUCAGCAGAAGAAGCGAAUUUUGUUGUCAAAGCUGUCCGCGACCAAGGUAGUUCAUACUGGAUUGGAAAAUGCAAAGACGGGAAAGUGGCUUCGCAUGUCCUGUUCCGGAUAAACGGUGGAGACUUCGAAUGCGGUAAAUGUGCAAAUGACACUGAGGUUAAAGAUUGCAGUCAGGUUCCUGCACGCUUCAUCUGUGAGAAGUCAGAAUUUUUGUAUCCGGAUAUUUAUGAAAUGAUAAAGGAUCUCUGUCGACAACCAGUGGGACCGACUUGA